UCCGUUAUCACAACAGAUCACACUUGGCCGGAGAGAAGAGUGACUCUUUUACUUCGGAGCAGUUGCUGCUGUUUAGUUUCCCAGAAACCCUGUUCAAAGUACGCUUUUCUCGUCGGAGUUGGUCGGGAUAAUUUCCAGGAUGGUGAAGGUGUCUUUUAGCUCCGCAUUGGCUCAAAAAGAUGUGAAAAAGGACGCAGAAACUCUCAUCCCCGAGGAGGACAAAGAUGCGGAGGCAGCGCUGUCGCCACUGCGUCACCAGUCCCGGGCCUGGUGCUGGAUGAUGUGCCUGGGCCUGGCGCUCAUGCUGUCCGGAGUGGUGGUCGGAGGUGCCUACCUGUACCACCACUACUACGUCCAGGAGGUGAGCUACCAGCCCCAAGAAGGGUGGGACGACGAGGAAGGUCGCGUGUUCGUGUGCGGCGUCAACUACCGCGAGGAGGACUACAUGAUCCAGGACGAAGUGGAGAACCCACUGCGGCAGCUGCAGGAGCGGAUCCGGGUGCUGGAGAGGGAGCAGGUGGAGCUCAUCUCCGUCCCCGUCCCAGAGUUCGAUGACGGAGACCCGGCCGACAUCGUCCACGACUUCCAGAGGAGGUUGACGGCCUACCUUGACCUGAGUCUGAACAAGUGCUAUGUCAUCCCGCUCAACACCUCCAUCGUCAUGCCGCCCAAAGACUUUAGGGAUCUGAUCAGCAACGUGUUGGCCGGCACCUACCUGCCUCAGUCUUACCUGAUCCACGAGGAGAUGAUUGUGACUGAGCGCCUGGAGCAAGUCGACCAGCUCGGCUCCUUCAUUUACAACCUGUGCCAAGGCAAAGACACCUUCAAGCUGCAGCGCAGGGACAGGAUUCUGGGUAUGCAGAAGCGCGAAGCGCUGAACUGCCACAAGAUCCGUCACUUCGAGAACAAGUUUGUGGUGGAGACUCUGAUCUGUGAGCAGUGAGCUUUCUUUUCCUUUCUAUUUUUUUUUUUUUUUUUUUAAACCCACCUGUCUUUUCUUCUGUCCUUUUACUUCAGGUAGUUUGAGUGGUUGAGAGGAAUAAAAUGUGAUGCUGUUUGGUAAAAAUGAUUUGAUUGUGAUUUAAAAGAAGAAGAAGAAUAAAAAAAAGGUAAAGAGUUGUGUAUUUUUCCACUUUUCUGUACGGGGAUCUUUGGAAUGUUUUCAUGAAUAAAUAGUUAAAACUCAGCUAAUUAUAUAAUAGUAAAUUAUAUUAAUCAAGAUAAAUGCAAUUACUAGCAUGAGCAGGUAGUUCAGUAGACGAGGUUAAGUGUAGUUCAUCUUUCUUUCAAUACAAACACAUUAAGUUUCAAGAAAGAGGGCGACUUUUAUACCAGAUCAGUUCGGGGAGACUUUUUUUCUUCUUUUUUUUUUGUUUGUAUUUUGUUUGUUUGUAGCUAUUAAUACACAGCACCUGGUCUUUCUUAACUGGAAAAUGAUCUUAAAAUAAGGGUGUUAGUACGUGCUUCUCUUUGCAGGCUUUAAUUAUAUCUUUGCAUUGAAUCAAACAGAAUAAAAUUCACAGCAGGGGGUUCAGACACACACACACUUGUGUUAAAAUCUCUUUCUUCUCAAGGGUUGUUUCUUCUUUUUGAAUGUAAUUUGUUUUGGAUAACUUCUCUUGUACUAAAUUGUGUAUAUAAUCUCUUAAAAGUUAUGAGCAGACCAACACAAUAAAUAAAACCAAUUAGAAAAACCAA